AGAAAUUGUGUGUUUAUUGUUGCAAAUAAGUUCAACGUCAACUGAAGUGUGUGAGCCGGAACUGUAUUCUGGUGUAUUAUGGGAUGUACGAAAUAAAAUUUCAGCACAUGAAAUUCAGGCGCAUCCAUUGUGUUUGGAUGAAUACAAAAUGAAUAUCUUAAGACGUUGUGAUGAAAAUGGUUGGAUACCCAGACAAGCGCCCGAUUGUCAUUCAACGCAACAUGAAUUUGAGAAAAGUGAAAUCUGCCCAUUGAAUUACACAACAAUAAGCUCAAAUAAUGUUCGUUUGUGUGUUUUAUUAACGAAACCGAAAAUCUGGCAAAAUCAGUGCAUUUAUGAUGGAUCAUCAAUGACAUUUUAUCAUUUGCAUGAGAAUGAAAAGCACGAGCUACUGAAUUAUCUCAUUGAAAUGAAUGUAACGGAAGUGUGGCUACCUGGAAAACGUUUCACAAGAUUUGGACCGGUUAUUUGGACGACGGCCGGUGAAUUGAAUGGUGAACAAGUUGAAUUUGAUAAAAUAAAUGUAGAGCUUAUCAAUGAAAAUUAUGUCGCGGCCGAUGGAUGCUUUAGUGCUUUGAUCAAUUCAAGUCUUCACAUUGGUUCCAUAAAAAAUUGCAAACAAAAAUUGAAUGUAUUAUGUGUAUUUCGUCGAAACAAUGAUUAUACGAGAUUAAUUUCAACGGCAUGCCCGAAAAAUAGUUUUAUUACAUCAUAUUAUAGUUCGGAUCAAUGUUGCCAUUCAAUUCAAAUGAUUGAUAAGGAUGAUGUAAAAGAAUUUGAUGACGUCGAAAAGCUAAUCAAAACCAAGUGUAAAGAUGAUUUAUUCACAAUGGAUUCAGUGGAGAAAACAGAGUUAUUUCGACAAUUGUCAAUUGUAAAUAAUUUGCGAAUUAGUGAUCGAUGUUUAUUCGCUGUUGCUCCUGGAACAAAUUUUAUUUCGAGUAUAAAUGAUUGGAAAACAAAAGUCAAUUCCAUAAACUAUGUAAAUUGGGAUGUUGAAAUUGUAAAUGGUUCAUAUUUAACAACAAAUAAAUAUGGCAAAUGGAAUUGGAUCGAUCGUCACUUUGACUGUUUGGUGUGUUCGUCAACGUUACGCAUGUACGUUCCAGAGUUGGUGUUAAAUUUUAAUCGAAAAAAACGUCGAUUAUAUUUGACCGUUUACAAUGAAAACUAUGUAUGGCAUACCAUAAAGUCUGGUGUAAAAUGUUUCACAAAUGCCGACGAUGAAUUAAUUCGAACGGUUGAAAUCGGUCGAAAAAAGUGGUCAGGGGCACUUAGUAUCGAACAAAUUAACCGAAAAACCACCAAUGAAUCUAGAUUGCACAAGACAUCAAAAGCAAUUUAUGAACUAAAAUUGUAUGGCGAGGGACCCGGUUACUAUUGGUGUGAAGGUUAUACAAUGUUGCAAUUUGAUAUGAUUCAAUCAACAAAGGUCGUUGCAUUUAGACGUGAACGUGGUGAAGUUUUCACCAUGCUAUUCAAUACAAUGUGUACGGAGUGUGAACAAUUCUUUCGGAAAUUUUUUAUUAAAAAUGUGGCCAAACAAUUGCGUGACCAUUUAAAAGAUGUGUACAAAAUGUUGAAAAAAAAUCAAUUUGAAAAUAUGGAAUUUAAUAUUGAAAAUGUUCGAAUUAUGCAAAUUGAAGAAAUUUCAUUGAAGCGACAUGAUUUGGGAAUGUUUAAAAUAAGAUUGUUGUGCCAUUUAACCGUAUCGCUAAGUAGAUUCGAUGAGUUCGAUGAAUAUUUGCGUAUCAUAAAAAUGUACGACAUUCUAAAAGAGCUACUGGGAUAUUUGACAUCAGACACUGAUUAUGAGUAUGUGUCAUUGAAUAGCACGGAAUACUGUUUGCCUGAAACGAAUCAAAUGGCCAAUGGCUUGAGUUGGAUUAACGCAAAAAUUGGCGAAACAAUUCCAUCAAAUGAAUUAUGCUUAUUGUCGAAUGGAUUGCCUGCGGUGCGCAGAUGUGUGGGUGAUUUUCUAUACGGUGGCAUAUGGCAGUAUCAAUCACAACAGAAAUGCCAUCGCACACCCGAUCAUCUAACUGAAAAAUUAUUUGAAUUAUUCAACGCUAAAAUGUCAUACAACGAUGACAUCUAUGUGAUGCAAAAUAUUUCAAUGUUGUUGCAAAAAAAUCCACAAAAUUUAAAUGUUGUGGCGGCCGAUUUGUUUUAUUUAGGACGAAUAAUGAGCGAUUUUUCUCGAAUCAACAACAAAAAUAGCAUAAACAACACAUUCAAUUUAAACGAUACAGAGCACAUAUUUUCCAUUUAUAAUAAUUUAAUGUACUUAAAUGAGAAUACAACACGAAAAUCGGCGGCACUUAAUUCAACAAACAUCCUCUUGGACGCAUUUGAUAACAUUUUAAAUGGCAUUCAAAUUGAUAUAACGUCAGUGGCAAAUAAUAAUCACAAUAAUACGAUUGUGGUGAAUUCAGAUGAUGGUACGAUAACGACGCAAACACCGAAUUUGAUCGUCUAUGUAAUUGAUCCAUCCAUUAAGAAUGUAUCCGGUGUAGCGUUGAUAAAAAAGUCAAAGCAACAAUCAAAUGACGAAAGCAACCAUAGAAGUAGUGGAAACGACGACGACAACGACAUCAACAACGAUGACUUUACAGACUAUUACAUCAAGACACUCUAUGCAAAUCAAUCAUCCGACGAAUUGUUAAACGACGACAAAUUAGAAAUUGCAACAUUUGUACCAAUCAGUUUACUAAAUUUACUAAAUCAAAUGGCAAAUGAAACGGAGGAAUCUGUGACAUCACCCAUUAAAAUUGUGAUAACCAUCUACUACAAUGAUCGUCUAUUUCAAGAGUAUAAGAAUACGCGUUGGGCAAAAUCAACGGGACGAAUAAUAAGUGUGUUGAUACCAGGCUAUGGACCAAAUUUACCAUCAUUAUUACCAACAUUUAUGCGAAGCCGAAACAUACCAUCGAAUAAUGGCUCAUCAUCGAUGUGUGGCUACUGGAAUUUUGAUGUUGAUUAUGCCACAUGGGCUGAUGAUGGAUGUGAAUUUAUUGAAAAAUCAGAACAUUCAGUGGAUCCCAUCAUGUUAUGUGCCUGUUCACAUUUAACACAUUACUCUUAUUUAAUUGUUGGUACGGUACUUCAAUCAUCAAACACUGAAGAAUAUGAAUUUAUUAUCACCGAAUCGCAUCAGAAAGCCUUGGACACAAUAACGUUACUUGGUUGUCUUUUGUCAUUGAUGGGCGUUUGUGGCAUCACAAUUACAGCCAUAUUCUUUCGAACAUGGCGCAAAAAACCGAGUUCAAUUGUUCUGAUACAACUUUCAGCUGCAAUUGCUCUACAAAUGGUUCUACUUUGUUUUGUUAACACCGAAUAUAGUUCGUUGUAUUUGGUAAUGGAACAACGAUUUAUCGUUUGUGUUGUGCUCGGUGCACUUCUUCAGUAUUCCAUUUUGGUGGCAUUUUCAUGGAUGUUAAUCACCGCUUAUUUGCAAUUUAUGCGCUAUGUCAUUGUACUCGGGCCACAACGAUCGACACGAUUUUUCUUGAAAUCAUUUCUAAUCGGUUGGGCAAUACCGCUCGUACCUGUUCUAAUUGUUGUUAUUAUCUCACCCGAAUCGUAUGUACAAAGUGUUGGCCAUUCAAAUGGUGGCGAUGGUGGCGGAAUAUGUUAUCCAUCCGGCACUUCAUUGUGCUUUGGUUUAAUUUUACCCAUUGGUUUGAUUAUCUUAGCGAAUUUAAUCAUUUUUAUUUUGGUCAUUUAUAAUAUUUUAGGUGGCUCCAGUGCGAAUAUUCGGUCAAAUAAACGCACCCUUGUCAUGGCACAGCUUCGUUUAUGCGUAUUUUUAUUUUUUCUUUUGGGACUAUCGUGGAUAUUUGGAUUUUUGGCAUCAAUUAAAUCGGGAAUAAUAUUUUCAUAUUUAUUUUGUUUAACCGCUACCAUUCAGGGUUUCGUUUUAUUCGUAUAUUUUAUAAUUCUUGAUUCAAACACACGCAAACUAUGGCGAAACUUGUUUUGUCACAAAAAACGGUAGAAAUUCGCUUUAUUUUCAUUCACAAAGAUUAUAAAUAUAAAAAUAAUUUUUAACAAAUAUACUUACAAUAAA